UAUUGUAGUCAUAUUUACAAAUAGGGAACCAAAGCACGUUGUGUAUGAAUCAGCCGCCAAAAGUCACCUAAUUUUCGGGUCAAACAACCUCCAAAGUCACGAAUACAAAUUCAUUUUCUGUUUUGCUGUUUUCAUGAAGGAAAAAACAUGGAUUAUUAAAAAUAUUAAUUUGAAAGAUUUAGUUUUUUCUCCAAAUUGUUUUCGAUUGAUUUAGAAUGGAAGCUUCGAGUUCUCGAAUGCAGACGUUUGGUCAGACGGAGAUUAAUUGGGACAAACUCGACAAAACCAAAUUUUACAUUGUAGGAGCUGGAAUCUUUACUGGAGUAACGGUAGCAUUGUACCCAGUCUCUGUUGUAAAAACUAGGCUUCAGGUUGCUUCAAAGGACACUGUUGAGAGAAGUGCAUUUUCUGUUGUCAGAGGCAUAUUGAAAACAGAUGGAAUCCCUGGUCUUUAUCGAGGGUUUGGAACAGUCAUCACUGGUGCGAUUCCAGCCAGGGUUAUAUUUCUUACUGCUCUGGAAACUACAAAAGUGGCUGCUUUCAGAACGGUUGAACCAUUAAAAUUUUCUGAACCUACACAAGCAGCUAUAGCAAAUGGAAUUGCUGGAAUGGCAGCAUCACUAUUUUCUCAAGCUGUUUUUGUUCCAAUUGAUGUGAUUAGUCAAAAGUUGAUGGUACAAGGAUACUCCGGCCAUGCAAAGUACAAUGGGGGUCUGGAUGUUGCUCGUAAGGUUUUGAAGUCUGAUGGAAUCCGAGGGUUAUACAGAGGAUUUGGUCUGUCAGUCAUGACUUACUCUCCAUCCAGUGCUGUAUGGUGGGCUAGUUAUGGUUCAAGCCAACGUGUUAUUUGGAGGUUCUUAGGCCAUGGCACAGACCUUAAGGAAGCUGCUCCUAACCCAUGGACAAUAGUGUCAGUGCAAGCUGCUGGAGGAGUCAUUGCUGGUGCUACUGCUUCCUGCAUAACAACUCCAUUGGAUACUAUUAAGACUCGCUUACAGGUAAUGGGGCAUGAGAAGCGACCCUCUACAAGACAAGUUGUGAAAAACUUAAUCGCGGAUGAUGGUUGGAAAGGUUUGUAUAGAGGGUUGGGUCCGAGAUUCUUCAGUAUGUCAGCAUGGGGAACCUCAAUGAUAUUGGCAUAUGAAUACCUGAAGCGCUUAUGUGUGAAAGAUGACUAAAAGUGACUAACAACUGUGAAGAAUUUUGCUUCUUGUCACAUGAAGAGCAGAGAUUUAGGCUGACUGGGAGUCGCUACAUUUGUAAAGACUGCUUUGCCAGACAGUCUCAAAGAUUAUUUUCUUUAAUUCUCGACAUCAUGGCCUGCGAUUGUGUAGCAAAUUUUGGUUAUCUUCUUAUAGAAACCAACUUAACGAUGUCUUUAAAGAGAUUAGUCAUUGAUUUUUUAACAGACACAAUAAGAUUCUUUGAUGCUUGAUUUUUCAUUUUAGGAUAAAAUAACUACCGACAAUUAGAAACUGAAGCAAGUAGUUCAGUGUAUCUCUCUCAAAGGGCAAUAUAAGUUGUACCUUUACGCAGAUUUUUAAUUGAUUUUUGUUUUUGGAUAUUUAAAUGUAUGUUCUGCUUUCUAUUUUUUAAAAUAAUGGAAAUAAGUUGUUUUGACAUUUGCAAGCUAGUAAUAGGCAAAUGAUUCAAAUAUAUGAUUUUCAGUCAUCCAAUAGUUGCUCAAGAUGACAAGUGGUUUGCAAGCAACCGUAUGGAAAAAUACGUGAAUAAUACUGCCUGCUUAUUCUUGGAAUGAAACUAUGGGUUUAAUGAUGGGAUUUCUUUCUGUUUUAAUAUUUGAGGCUGUCAGAAUUGAACCUGAUAGUAGAACUAAGAGGUUGGUACUUUAAUAACAGACCACACGAUUGUAGACGUUUUUCAUUGCAUGAAAGCAGCUAAUAAUGCAUAGAAUGUCUUACUUCCAGCAGCUUACUUACGUUUUAGAAAUCCAAAUUUACAAGAUCUUAGGCCGCAACUUAUUCUUCCACUCUUGAUCUUGUUUCUUUCAUACCCUGUCAUGAUAGAAUGAACUGAACAGCUGAUUUUUCUGGUUUUAUUCUUUUAUUGUUUUAUAAACAAAAGUAAAAUAAUUUGCAGAUCAAUAGAAAAUGCUAAAAUUCUAUCUUUGAACUCAGUUUAUGGGUGUAGCAAGGCCUCCAGUCUCCACUCUUCUAUUUACACAACUUGCAACUGGUGAAUUCAGAUUCUAAGUGGUUUUUCCAUUACAACGGAAAAGUAAAACUCAUCCUCCUGCUUAUCAGUCUUUGGGACAAUCGUCCAUAGCAGCUUUUUAUAAUCUAGCCUGGAAAAAUCAUCCAAAUAGAUCUGCAAGUCAUCCCUUUUACUAAAGAAACGAUCUACCCAAAGAAGUCCUUUAGGUCGAAGAACAGGGUCCCAAUCAAAAAGCACAAACUGGAGAAGUUCUAUUCCAAUCCAUCCAUCCAGGAAUAAAGUAGAAUGUAUAAUAUCAAGUGUGUUAUCAAAGAAUGGCAAUCUCGAGCCAUUUGAUAGGUUGAGGGGUAACAGACAUCUGAGUGCAAUCACCUCAUUAAAAGGAGCCCCUAAGUUUAAUGUAGCUGAUGCAAUUGUCACAUUUCUUUCCCUCAUUAGUGCAGCAAAUGUGCAGGUUGCGGGGCUAAAACAAGUCCAAUCCUGAUCUCCCCUGACUUCAAUCUCAGAACUUCAUCUACGGUGAAUUCGGCUGAAGUAGAUUCAUUUAUUUGGAUUUCCCACCCUCUUUUUGAAAGAUCGAAACAGUUUGAACAUUUGAAGAAGCCUCUUUUGCCCAUUGUUUCAUUAGAAACAAGACAGGAGUAACCUUUGCACUUGUAAUAAAGUCCAUAAGAUAUUGUUAUCACUAGGUUGAGACCAAAGGGAUGAGUUUAUAGACAGUGGCUUGCUGUAAUAUGGAGGUGUUUUUGAGAAGCAUCUUCUUCUUGGCAAUCCUCAUAAGCUUCUGAGCAACGUCCCAAUCAUCAGACCACGUCCUAUAGAUCUUAUAACUCAUGAAGCGAUCUACAUUUGAGGCCAUACUGGCACAAAGGAGUCCUACAGAUGGAUUAAUUGCUUCCACCCCAAGGAAGUUUUUCUUCCCAAUCAGCCUAUUUGGUUUCUUUGCAGUUUAGUUAUAAAGCUCACCUGAAUUAAAAUGAUGACUGGAUCCUUCUUCGAUUUCACUUUCGUCAGGGUCGCUGAAGUCUGCAUCCACAGUGGUGAUUUCAUUCGUACCAAUAGGACUGCAGCCAUAGAAACCUGACAAGGCUACCACAAACUUGUCUAAAGGCAUGGCAAUAUGUAGAAGUUGAUCAGAAAAUUCAGUUAGUGUUUUUGAUUCUGAACUUGCACCAUGAAGCUGCUCCAAAAGAAUUCCAACUUGGCUUUGCAAGCCAGAGAUUUGUUCCCGAAGUGAAUGAGGUAAGACAAAUUGGCCUUUGGAGAUACCGACAGUGAAGCUGGUUCUUCUGAAGAUUAGCUGGGGAUACAUGAUGUUGGAAC